AUGAAAGACGCAAAACAUGCACUUACCCCAACGUUUGAUAUUGACGAACAAAACGCAAUAGUAUCCUGCAAUCGUUGCGACAUGUCUCAUCUGAACGAAUUCCCUGCCCACCAAUUCCGGUACAUGCGUUAUUGCGGUAUAGUGGAACGACCAACCAGGUGGUACCGUUUCCGAAAGUGGUUUUCAUUCAUUUUGGUUGGUUCCUUCAUGCCACUUCAUGUGCUUUAUCUCGUGGAAAACCCUUUAUCCGAUCUGGUCGUUACUUGUGAAGAGGUCAUGCUGAUACAGUUGAUGGCUAUAGACAUGUUAAAGUUUAACCUGUUCAUAAGUCAUCACCACGAAAUGCGCGAUUUGGUGGAGUGCUUCAAGCGCAUGCAAAAAUGCAUCACGGCGGAUGAGCUACCACGGUUUGCGAAAUGUAACGAAGUGCAUGCCAAACUGUUGCGAUUUUACGUGAUCGGCUCAACGAUCGUGGUUAUAUUGUACGCACUGAACGCGAUCGUUACAAGCGUAACACUAUCAAUACAGCAACAUCGUGUGCUUUUAGUGACCCCCUUCAGUUACCCGUUCAGUUAUCAACAUCCGGUUGUGUUUGCUGUGUGCUUUCUGCUUUGUUUAGACUUCAUGAUGAUGUGCGUAUACACUAGCGCAACGAUCGACGUGUGUUACUCGGAGAUGGCCACCAACUUAGCAAUCCACUUUGACAUCGUUGGGGAACGGUUCGAGAGGCUUGACAUCUCCGCAGACCAACCGUUUGCCGAUAGUGAGCUGAACAAGGUAAUCUCGUAUCACAGCGAUGUGUCAUCGCUGGCGCAAAAGAUGACGCGGCUUUUAAAAACGUACAUGUUCUACUGCCUACUUCUGGUAUCGACAAUAUUGUGUCUGUUGGGUUACGAGUUUGUUAUGGUGGGCAACAUUUCCAAACGAGCUCAGGUGAUGCUCCUGGCUGGGGUCGUAAUCGGUCAGGCUGUCAUCCAUACCUACCACGGAUCAGCGAUUCGCGAUCAUAGUGUAAAUGUCGCUGAUUCAAUCUACAGUACCAACUGGUACGAUGCAACAAUCACCACCCGGAAGCAAAUACUCAUCUGCUUGAUGCGCGCACAGCAACCUGUAAUAAUCAAGAGUGGAUUUAUAGAAGCUUCAUUACCAACGCUCAAAACGAUCCUUAACUCCAGUGCGUCAUACAUUACUAUGCUGAUGUCGUUGGAGUCGGAAGAUUGA